AUGCUAUUGGAUGGACCUGCGAUGGCUGAUGUGGAUGUGGAAGCAGAAGCGUUCGGCUUCUUGAUUCGAAUGGGCUGCGCCAUUGCUGAUGAGAGACGCACGCGCGUGCUGCUGGUUAUAUUGCGUAAAAGACCUGUGGAAUCGGUGGAGAAGCGUCGAAGCAGCGAGCCGACGGGAAGCGAGCGAGACGCUCUGGAAGCUCUCGACGGAAUCACCGACACAAUGAAAGUUGACGUAAUGGUGGGACACCGCAGAUCUCGAGGUGGCGAACCUGGCCUGAUGGAAUUGUAUCAGGCUGAAGAUGCGUGCGCGAUAGAUCUAGAAGAUGGUGGCGAUGGUAUUGAUGGAAGUAGCGCAGAAGGUAAGUACGACGCAACGGAGCUGUUCGGGUUGGGUGGAAGUCGUUUGGGACUUGGCAACGAGGAGAAGGCAAAUGCACCAGUGAGCGUCACGGCUUUCGUUCAAACGUGA